UUUACUUCGCUGGCCUCAUCAGCCAGCUGCUACCUGGGCGGCUGGGAGUCUGAGUCGGAGCAGGGCCCUGGGGCGAUGGCCGUGGCCCCAGCAGCGGAGAGAUCCCGAGAGAGUGCACCGCAACCCCAUGUCUCAGCCAGGGCUCCCUUCCCUAGCUCCCAUGCAUGGAUGUGAUGGCGGCUCCUGGUCUGCCCUGGUGUCUGUCCCUCCUUGUCCUCUUCCUGCCCCUGGCCAUCCCUCGGGCAUCCACAGCGGUGAACGACCCCUCCAAGCUCGCGUGUUUCUACAACUCAAAAGCCAACAUCUCCUGCGUCUGGAGCUGGGAUGGGGACCUACAGGCCACAUCCUGUAGGAUCCACGCUAAGCCGGAUCAACGGUCUUGGAACAAAUCCUGUGAGCUGCUUCCGAUGGGAUCAGCCUCCUGGGCCUGUUACCUGAUCCUUGGAUCCCCAGAUACUCAGAGUCUGACUUCGGCUGACACCGUGGACAUGAGGGUGAUGUGCCACGAAGGGGAGAGGUGGAGGGUGCUGAUGACCCAGAAAUUCAAGCCCUUUGAGAACCUUCGCCUGAUGGCCCCCGACUCCCUCCAAGUCACCCACGUAGGGACCCACAGAUGCAACAUAACCUGGAAAGUUCGCCAGUCCUCCCACUACAUUGAAAGAUACCUGGAGUUUGAGGCCCGGAAAAGAUCCCCAGGCCACAGCUGGGAGGAGGCCUCCCUGCUGACCCUCGCGCAGAACCAGCAAUGGAUUUGCCUGGAGACCCUCACUCCAGACACCCAGUAUGAACUUCAAGUGCGGGUCAGGCCCCAGCUGGGCAAAAACGAGGCUUGGAGCCCCUGGAGCCAGCCCCUGGCCUUCAGGACGAGGCCCGCAGCCCCAGGGAAGGAGGCUGUGCCCUUUCCUUGGCUGGGCCACAUCAUCAUGGGCGUCAGCAGUACCUUUGGCUUCAUCAUCUCGGUCUACCUGCUGGCCAACUGCCGGUACAUCGGGCCAUGGCUGAAGAAGGUUCUGAAAUGUCACAUCCCAGAUCCCUCAGAAUUCUUCUCCCAGCUGAAGUCAGUGCAUGGAGGAGAUUUCCAGAAGUGGCUCUCCUCUCCCUUCCCCUCGUCGUCCUUCAGCCCCAACACGCCGGCACCCGAGAUCUCCCCGCUGGAGGUGCUGGACAGGGACGCCAAGGCCACACAGUUGCUCCUGCUACAGCAGGAGAAGGUGCCCUCCUCGUCCUCAGCCGAGACCAGCGGCCACUCGCUGACCAGCUGCUUCACCAAUCAGGGCUAUUUCUUCUUCCACCUCCCGGACGCUCUGGAGAUCGAGGCCUGCCAGGUGUACUUCACCUAUGACCCCUGCACGGAAGAGCCCGAUGAGGCUGGGCCCGGGGCGCCUGCGGGGUCUCUCCUGCCACCCCUGCUGCCUCCGCCCGGGGAGGAAGACGCCUACUGCACCUUCCUCCUCGGCGGCCCGGGCCCCCCAAACACGGCCCCGGGGGGCACUGGAGCUCAUGACAAGAAGCUGGCCCCCUCCCUGCAGGAGGGAGCUCCCAGAGACUGGGCCCCCCGGCCCCCGAUGUCUCCCCCGCCAGGGGCACCUGAGCCGGUGGACAUCCAGCCACCCCUGGAGGGCUCCGUGGAAGGAGCAAGAGAGGAGGGCCCGGGCCCGGGCCCUGGCCCUGGGGAGGGGGUCAGGGUCAGCUUCCCCUGGGCCAGCCCUCCUGGGCAAGGCCAGCUCAGAGCCCCUGCCUCCUGCCUGACCCUGAACACCGAUGCCUACCUGUCCCUCCAGGAGCUGCAGGAUCAGGACCCAGCUCGCUCGGGGUAGACGGACGACCCGGCGGGUCACUGCCCACUGUGGUGCCAGGCCCAGUUGAGGGCUCGCUGUCCUCAAGGCUUGUCACCCGGUUUCUAGCCGUGCCCCGGACAUCUCUGCCCAGAGGGCCCCCACCCAACCUAGCACACUUGGCCGUUCACUUCCAAAGACCUCAGUUGCUGCUUCCUGGUCCUAUGGCCCAAGUGCAGAGUGGGGGGGUGGGGGCACCGUGACUCCCCCACUCCCUCAUCAGUCACGGAGCCCCAUGGCUUUUGUCCCUGAAGCAUCCCUCCUCUUCAGCCCUGCAAGCACUCUUGGGGGAGCGUUCUUGGGGCUCUCCAGGGGUCUUCUCCGCAGGCUUCCUGCCCCAUCUCCCCCCCUCCCCCCCUCCCCCGCAGGGCAAUGAGAACAAUGAGAACGCUCUUUCCAGAACGUAAAUAUGGUUAAGCUGCCUCCCCGGUUAAAUCCCUGCCAUGCCUCCUCACUGCCCUCCGCUUCACUUCUUGGCCCGGCCCCUGCUCCUCCAGCAUCGUGUUGGGGCAUUCCCUUCUGGAACCUUCCUACUGAGCCACCAGAAGCUCCCUCCUGCCCCCACACCUUGGCACGUGCUUGCCACCCGGUGCCUUCAGUGCCUCCUUCAUCUAGGGGACAAACCCCCCUUAUCCCUCAAGUGUCUGCUUCCCUUGGAAGGAAACACUGCUUCCAUUCAUGUGCCCAGGCUUCAAGAUUCCGUGCUGGAGGGACAGUUCUCGGGGUCACGGGAUGGCUAGACCCAGCGGCUCUGUCACUCCGCCCUUGGGAUCUCUCAUGACCUCAGCAUGCUUCGCUGCUGUGUCCUUACCACAGUAUGGACACAAAUCCCCCGGGAGGGGGGGGUGGAGAGGAGGGGACACUGGCUGGAUGUUUCCAUGGAGGUUUCACAGACUCCUAAGGCAUGCUGCUGGAAAGUGAACCUCCUGUCAGUGGCAGGUUCCGAUGCUGUCCCAGGGAGCCCAGAUCUGGGCCCCUGCCACUCCACCCUCUACUGGAGGGACCUCUUCCGUGGCUCCGGGGCUGGCACACCGCCUCCAGAAGCGCAACUCCGUUCACCGCACUUGACACGGGGUACCUGGCACCCCACCGUAUCCCCCGGAUGACAUAAUGAACCGUCUGGAACCGUCUUGCUCGGACUCCCAGUGCCCGGCUGCCUUCACAUAGGGGGCGUCAUCCACCGCACAGAGCACCCCCGGCGCCUUGACCCGUGUGAGGUCAAGACUCAGAGAGGCAAACCCCAUGCCCGCUAGGCUCCAGCACACCCAUUCCAGCAAGAGGCUCAUCCCCUUCACAAUGGCAAUCCUCCCCCCCCCCCCCAACGCAAACACACAGAGCCGGCCCCUUCCUUCUUGGUGCUCCCCACCACCUCUCCAUCUCUCUUCCCAUUUGUCUCUGGCACUGGUCACACCUGCGACGUCUGUCACAAUCUUGCCCCCAUACUCCCAACCUCAUACAAGAAAGGACUUCGUCCAAACUCAGCGGGGGACCAGACAGGUCCUCUAUUUAUAGGCCCUGCUCCUCCCUGAUUGGGCACUUGACACAAGCCCACCCAUAGGCUGACAAGCAGCCUAUGAGCUGGCUCAGAAAAUAAGCUCUGCCCAAUCAGAGAGGCGGGGCCCGCACCGGCCAAUCAGGUUACUCUCCGUCUCGAGAGGGUGCACUCAGGGAGGGAGGCACCUGGGAGCACGUCCUUGCAGAAAAGGCGCCCUCGGAGAAGGCAGCGGAGGACUUUCGUCCUGUAUAGAGGACAGCGCCGGGCUCUGUUAACAGAGACUCUUGCUGCCAAGGAGGCUGCUGACUGUUCACUCAAGAUUCUUGUUUUCCUUAGAAAACAAGAAUAAACUCCCCUUUCCUGAGGUUGUCUGAGUCUUGGAUCCUUCCCACGGAAGAGCUUCAUUACCUGGCCAGCUCAUGUCCCACCUCCUACCAUGUGAUGCCAUGUGUUCUGGGCCACAGAGCUCCUCGGUCCUGAUCUGAGCCUCAGACCCGAGCUCGUGCCCAGACCCUUGCGCUGUGUCCCGGGACCAACCGAGAGACCGCUCUGCAAGUCAGGUUCCGCUUUGAAGCGUUCUUGGGACGGUUACAUUUCUCAUUUGUAGUGUAUGUAUCAGUGACCUGCGUGUGCCACCUCUGUUACUGUGUACUUAAUAUUUUCCUGUAACUCCAUUCACUAUUUUGUUUACUUGUAUUUAAAGACAAAUCGUCCUGUUGCUUCCGUGAAUGGAGACACCGGUAUUCUCUGUAAAUAAAAGGGAACUCUAAAAAGUAAAUACAAUAAAACAAAAUGUCUCCGUCUGUU